UAUGAGUUCUGAAGCUCAUCCAAUAAGACAAGAUUAAUAGUUAUCCAAACCCAAUUGCCCAAAUCAUAGAAAUACUGAAAUGCUGGGCAAAGCUCCUGCUCCGGUAGUGAACCACCUAUGGCCAAAACGCAUUGACCCAGAAUGGAUGGUGGCACAGCAACACUGCAAGUGUAAUCUCCACCCUCUUCAGUUUAAGAAAUGGGGAAUAAGCUGCAGUCUUGGUCAGAAAGCUGUGGAUAACUCUGCUGCAGCUUAUGACCUCAUGGAUGACUUCAUUGUCUUGGGAGCUACCAACAGUGACUCUUCUGUAAUCCAUGACUCUCCCAAAACCAAUACCACUCAUAGAGAUAGUGACCAUCAACAGGGGGCACCUCCUAGGAGAGUUGCCAGAGGUGCCGGGAAUUUUGGGAGAUUGAAAGUCUAGAGUGUUAAAGCUGUAGUGGAGAAAGCUUCUCGUGUGAGGUGAGACAUGGAUACUCAUGAAAGUGAGAGUGAGCUAGAUGUACAGGAGACAUCACCAUUUAUCAAGACAAUUGAAGGUAUGAGGAAGAAUAAGAAAGCAAAUGGCAUCAGUCGGGGAAGGAGACUUUCGAAUCCUUCCAACUCACAUGAAUUUAGGGACACGGUCAACCCAUCUGAACCAGCUGACUACGAGGACAAUACUAGAGUAACUACAAAAGAUUUUUUUGAGCCACGUCCUGUGAGUAGGCAUAAAUCUUAUAUGCGUCAGAAGCCUAAUACCAUUGUAGACAGACGAAGGGCUUCAGUUUCAGGAAAAGGAUGGGGUAGUGGAGGGUCUGUACGUGAGUCAUCUGAGUAUCCAGACCUAGACCGAAGAAGGAGAGUGUCCAAUGACGGUGGCUUUUUCAUAAGGGCAUACUGAAUUAUCUAUACUUGUGGUGCACAUCUUGGAUAACUGCAGGCCAUGGCGUUUGCUCCAGUUCUUGCUGGAAAAAUCUCAAUUAUUGCUGACCAAUGUGGGUCUGGCAAGACAUUAGCCUAUCUUGCUGCUGUAGUUCAACGUUUACGGGAAGAACUUCAAGGACUGAGCAAGUCCUCAUCACAGAGUCCUCGAUUAGUCGUAUUAGUUCCGACUGCUGAAUUGGCUUCUCAGGUCAUUUUGGUCAAUUGCCGAUCAAUCUCAAAAUUUGGAGUUCCCGUCAGGUCUAUGGCAGUAACAGGUGGUCAGGUCUAUGACGCGUCUGUCACUAAUGUUUGUGGGUGAGAGGGGGUGUGUGUUUGUGAAUGUAUUUGUGCUUCUGAAUGUCGAUUAACCCACAUGGCACAUCAGGAUAUAAUAUAAACCUCUUGUUGCAGUGCCGUUCUGGAUGAGGUAGAUAUUCUCUUUAAUGAUGAAGAUUUUGAAGCAGCACUGCAAAGUUUGAUGCAUUCUGCACCUGUUACCACACAAUAUCUUUUUGUGACAGCAACUUUACCACUUGGCAUUUACAACAAGUUAGUUGAAAAUUUUCAAUCAUAUCAAGUGGUCAUGGCACCUGGAAUGCACCGAAUAAGCCAUGGCCUUGAAGAGGUUCUUGUAGAUUGCAGUGGAGAUGAUCGGAGCGAAAAAUCUCCAGAGAUGGCAUUCACAAAUAAAAAAUCUGCUCUUCUGCAGCUUGUGGAGGGAAGUCCAGUUCCCAAAACAAAAGUUUUUUGUAACAAGACUGAGACAUGCAGAAAAGUUGAGAAUGUAUUGUCACGCUUUGACAGAAGCAGAACUCGUGUUCAAGUCCUGCCAUUUCAUUCUGCUUUGGCUCAAGAUUCACGGCUUGCAAACAUGAAGGAGUUCACCAAUACUCGUUCAGAGGAAGUGGCACAGUUUUUGGUCUGCACCGAUAGGGCAUCACGUGGAAUCGAGUUUCCUGGUGAGGAUCAUGUCAUACUCUUCGACUUCCCCCGUGAUCCAAGUGAAUACGUGCGACGGGUUGGAAGAACUGCGAGGGGUGCUGGAGGAGUGGGCGAGGCAUUCAUUUUUGUCGUCGGCAAGCAAGUCUCUCUUGCACGAAGAAUAAUGGACAGGAACCAAAAAGGUCACCCAGUGCAUGAUGUACCAGCUGCAUAUGAGCUUUUGUAUUAAUGUCCCCACUGACCAGAUUGUAAACUAGAUGAGUAUAGAAUUGUCAAAGAGCCAACAGAUAGUAUCUCAUUCUUUCUGAACCUCAUACAACCUUUUUGUAU